AUGACAUGGGAUGUGUUAGACGUAUCACAUAUGACUGUUAAGUCAGUUGUGCAUGUUAAUGCUAGUGAGCAAUUUUGUGGGGUAGCUGAAAUGGUUGGACCUGUAGAUUUUGAAAAGGAUGCAGAUUACUGGCAGCAAGAUAGAUGGAGUGGACAGUUUUCAGUUCGGUGGCACAUCAUCAAAGAUGUUCCCAAUAUUCGUUUCCGUCACAUUCUACUUGAAAGCAAUGAUAACAAGCCUGUUAUUCACAGCCGAGAUUCUCAGGAGGUGGCACUGAAAGAGGGUAUUGAGAUGUUGAAAGUUUUCAAGGAUUAUGAUACACGAACAUCCAUCCUAGAUGAUUUUGAAUUUUAUGAUGAGCGGGAGAGAGUCUUGAGGGAAAGGAAGGCCAGACAGAUAGCUUCUUCAACAGCAGAUGUUUCUGAUUCACCUGCUGAUGAGUCUGUUAAUCAAAUGUCUGAUAGUUUUGCUCAAGCCCUCAAAUUGGAUGAGAGGAACAACAAAGAAGUUCCUGCAACUGAACAAGGUGGUAGCUCAAGAUCAGAUGCUCCACUUUCACUUUCCCAUGAUUCCGUGAAUCAAACGUCUAAUAGCUUGUCUGAUAGCUUUAGUCGAGUUGUGCGGUUGGAAGAGAGUAACAAUGAAGUAUUAGCAUCAGAGAAAGGUGGUGGACACAAAAAUUGAGUCAGUCAAAGAUGGUAACAGUUGGUUUGAGUGCUAGCAGCAUUUAGUUGGUGUGGCCAGAAUCUUUGUCCUACACUCCUUGUACCUUUGGGAUUUUAUGAAAUUUUGGCGCGCUGACAAUAUUUGAGAUCAAAUUUCAGGUAUCUCAAACAGUGAAGCUGCAAACUGACCUUUAUUUUUUGGUUUUUUUUUUUUUUGAGUCAAUUGUUCAGAGAAGUUAGGAGGUAAUCCAGGCAUGCUCAGUUGGGAGGAAGGCUGUUUGAUAUCUGAUGCCUUAUUUUCCUUUGAGUUUUCUCACAAUUGUUUCCUCUUAAGGUAGAUGGGUAUUGGUGUUGUGGAAUUAGUUGAAUGGUUGAUGUUGUUGGAGCAGCUUCUGUAUACUACGGCUGAUGCCUUGUGGCUGUAACUUUACAUUCUCUUACUAGUUAAUUGUGGGCUGCUGUGGGUACUGGAAGGACAGUGAACCCCCUUUUAGGGAGGCAAUUUAAUAAAGGAUUUCAGCAAAAUGAAAUUUUAUAGAAAUACGAUAAGGAAUUGCCUUGAUUGUUCUUUUGUGAA